AUGCACUCUCGUACACCGUCUCUAAACCUCGCUGCUUUGCCCGACGAUCUUUUAUUUGAGGUGACAUCAUGCCUAUCCUCUAGAACGGAUAUUCUCAACUUGGCGCUCUCAAGCAAAUACCUAUUCACUAGCACAUGUUCUGCAUUGUAUGCCCAAGUGCACCUUGGGACCGCAGAACAAUGCCAGCGAACUCUGUCGAUGCUUCGUUCUCGCCCGGAUGUUGCCCGUCAUAUCCAGAAACUUCACGUUCGAUUUUCCUCUGCCUCCUCCGACUACAUGGUCGAUGUCAAUGGAAUUACAAUAUCAGCACUGCUGAGGGAACUCGCACCGAAACUGGACGCACUCCAUACUUUCAUCUGGGACGCGGAUGAGAUCCCGCAAUGCGAUGAUAUGUGGUUCGCCCUACGAAUGUCGUGCCCACGGCUGCGCACACUUGGCACAUGUUACGGAUCUGUGAUACCAAGCCAACGAAGCCAUUUGCUGGAAUUCAAGAACCUCCGCGGGUUCUCGUUGAGCCUGAAAUAUGGAUACUACGCUCAUCAUACCGAUGACUUUCAAGAUGCUGUUCCUUUUGAUGUUCGCCUUUGGGAUAUGCUGAUCCGGCGUUCCCCAAACCUCGAGGAGCUGCAUGUCUUAGGUGGGCCAUUGAUCCUAGACGGAACAGUGCAUCCACUCUGCAACGCACGCUGGCCUCUUCUACAUUCCCUAUCUCUAGGGGACGUCAUGUUAGAUUGGUCUUCAGGACCAGGACCCAUGUCUUCCAAGCGCCCUUUCAUAGCUUUUUUGGAGGCUCAUCAGCGUCUGCGAUCUCUUCGUAUAUCCCGCACUGCACUAAGUCCUCAUGUCGUCCCUUCACUCGAUCAAUCCGCAUUACCACUUCUUACUCAUUUUACUGGUUCGUUGGAGCACCUUCAAGCCCUGGCCCCUUCCCAUCCACAAAUCACACACUUGACGAUUGAGGAGCCGCUAAUCAUCCGUGAUCUCGCACCUCUUUUAAUUGCAGGGGUAUUGCAGAGCCUGCGCUGCCUCACUGAACUUCGCGUUGCCUUCGUUUUUCACUCUUCAUAUGAAAGUGCAAACUUGAUUAGAAACCUUGUAAGCACUUGCCCCGGACUGACCACGUUGGAGAUAACGUGCGCAAGAAGGUCGUCCUUUAAAGUUGUAUGUUCUUUCUUGAUUGCCGCCUGCAUACUAAGGUCUUUAAUAAUGAUCUCUCAGGACACACUAGCCAAAUCCGUUAGCUACCUUCCUCGGCUGCGUCACCUACGGUUGACGCUAGUUCCGGUAGCCACAGGGGACUCGUUGCGUGUUUGCGCGCUCCAUGUCAUACAAGCGAUCCCGCGCUUACACUCAUUUGCACUAACGUUCAUUUCCGCCUCACUUCCUCUAUCCCUUACCCCCGUCGAUUUUGGCAUGUAUGAGGAGAGUGGGAACUACGUUGUUCGUGCCGACGAGCAUGGGCUCCCUCAUUCUCUGAGCUGCACUGAGCGAAGGCCUGCGCUACGCCUGCCCUUUACACUUCCAAUCAUUCCAAUCCCACUAGCAGUGCCGCUACUGACCAUCUCUCCUUUCACAUCCCCCUCACCAAGGGAGAGGAAAAUGAGAACCCAACGAUUCUUGCUGAACCUAUAUCCAAUCACUCCCAGGCAUGGCGGUUUAGGUCUUAUUCUGGAGCGUAGUACAGCAGGGGAUGAGGCGAGGGUGCUUACUGUUCUUGUGGCGCUAAGCGGGCUUGCGCUGUGGGGUUUCUUUGCAUAG